CAGCUUUUGUCACCAGUGUCGAGAGAACGAUCAGUGCGUGAAGUGUUAGUGACUUAUAUGUGUUACGUCAAUGAGAAUGGGCACUAAAAUUAUUUUACUGAUGUCCGUGGUUUGGAUUGGGUCAUCGGCCACUAAGGUGGAGAUUACCACCGGUUGGAAGCCAGAGCUGGGCUUUGUUACAGAAUGUUCGUGGACACUUUACUCCAACGACUCUCUCCAAUCCGUCAGACUUUACAAUAACGAGCAGCAGUUCAUGAUUUACAGGCCAGAGAACAACGGCAGAGAACACAUGCAAACAUUCCCCUUAAACGAAAACUUCCUGGAAGUACAUUGUGUGGAAAACGACGAUCGUGGAGUGACCGGCAAAUGUAUUCUGACUUUGGAACUGUUUAAGCCACCAGUAGCUGACCUCACUAUCGCCUGCGAAGUUUCUGGAGAAAGGCCUAUGUUCAGAAUGCUUAAGAAGGAUAUCAUUGUUUCGACUUUUGUUCCUCCUACCGAAGCUGUUAUUAAUGUUGUACCUACUGGCCAGUCCGCACAAUCGGUGAUCUUGAACUGCACGUCCACUGGGCUGCCGGCUCCUUCCCUGAGCUGGACUGUUGGAGAUCAGAAGGUCCCCCACGAUUUCUCAGGCGUCGUUUGGAAUAAAACGUCGAAGCUUUGGCACUCGUGGUCUCUUUUCUCCUAUUCCGAAUCUACGUCGGAGGCGACUUGUACCCCUGAAGUGAACAUGGAUGGCCAAUUGGUGAAGGCUUUAGCGGCUAUGUAUAGUGGGGCUAGUAGAGUUGUAGGUAUCCAAGGAGUGAUCAUUUCCAUUUUAUUAGCGAUGCUUUUAAGAUGACUGUGGGUAAUUUGUGAGCAAAAGGGAAAUCUACUUAAAUAAAACAAGGUUUUAGUUAUCAAUUUUUGUUUCAGCAGAGUAUCGUUGUGAACGACUAUUAAUAAGGAUUAUGUUACACUGAUAAUAAAUAAGUAUUCUAAUAUUAUAUUUGUGGCAAGAUAAGUCAUUUGAAAGUUUAAAAGUUUGUGGGUAAAUAACAAUUUACGCAAUAUAAUUAUAGCAAAUAAUAGUGCCAAUAUUGUAAAUCUUGGGCUGAAUUAGAAUAAAAAAUCAGAAUGAACCAAUCAUGCUUAAAUUAUUUAAAAAAAAAUUGAAAACAAAUUUGCUCAUUUCCUAUGUAGAAUUAAUAAAAUGUAAAUAAAUAAAUUUUAUGAAGUCUCAGUGUAACAUCAACCUUUAUAUUAUUAACAAUUUAUUUUUGGCUUGUUUUAUAUGAAGACUUAUUGUUUUACAUGUCGUGUUACAUUAAGAAUUAUUUUCUAUUAUUAUAGUCAUUAAAACUCAUAGUUUAUUUUGUUUCUGUUACAAAAAACAUUUAUGUAACAUUAAUGAAAAAAAUUAUAUGGAACAACGAUUUUGAAAAAUUUUAUAAUUUUUUUUUGUUUUUAUUUUUAACACUUUCACUGCGAAAAAUAUUAGAGGGUUAACCCGCGACAAACAACUAAAAGACACUCGUAUUAGAGUACGCAAGGAAUAUUUUAUUAAGAACACAUCGAUAUCUACCUAUAAUACACCAUCAAAUUGUAUUUUAUAAAAACUUUAAUCAAUGAAAGUGUUAAAA